GUUGAGCUACCCCGUAGUUUACUGCCAGCGAUUGGCAGAGGUGGACGUUUGAGAAUCUGUCUAGAAGUUCGGGACCUGGCUGGAUUUUGGAGAGAAACCGUUUGUGACCAUGAGUGGUGGGAAAUUUCAACUUGUGAGUGUGGCGAUCGUUUUGGUGGGGUACACGAUAGCGGGGGUUAUUGCGGAAGAUGAGCACCACUGCGUCAUGUACGGCGUUUGUCGCCAAUCUGGUUUGCACGCUCAAAACUGUCCAACGAACCAAACGGCGCAGCCCUUGACCUCUGAGGCAGCGAAAGAAAUCAUGAGGAGACGGUGUGGAUUUAUGUUCGAAGAUGAAUCUGCGCCCCUGUGUUGUGACCAUUCUCAGCUAAUUCAGUUAGAUAGUGGCUUCAAGAAUGGAGAAGGCAUUUUCGGACGCUGUGAAACCUGUACCAGAAACAUGUUGUUCAGCAUCUGCAACAUGGCGUGCAGUCCCGAUCAAAGCCGAUUUCUGACGGCCUACACUGACUCGGGGAAUACUUACGUGGAGAAGGUAGACUACCGGAUAGGGUGGGAUCUGGUGGAAGGGGUUUAUAAUUCGUGCAAGGGAGUAGUGAUACCGUCUAGUGGGAAGUUUGCCAUGGAUAUGGCCUGUGGGGGAUGGGAAUCUACUCGGUGUACGGCCGAGAGGUGGUUCGAGUACAUGGGUGAUGCGGACACGAAUGAUUAUGUGCCUUUCAAAAUUGAGUAUCAGUAUCCGGACGAUCCGGAGAUUCGCUACGAUCGUGAAGUGCUAGGUUGUAAUGAAGCAUAUGAAGACGCGAAUAGCUGUUCCUGUGUGGACUGUUUCGACAGUUGUCCGGUAUCGGAGCCACCACAACCGGAUGAUCCCGGGUUCAUGGUUGGAGAUCUUAAUGGGGUCACUUUUGUAGUUGCGAUGGUUGUCGGCGGCUAUGGUCUGGCUGUAGUGAUCACCACCAGGUUCAUGAGCUGUUCGCAGGGGAAAGAGUUUGAAUUUCACCGAUUUUUUGGAGGGUUCCCAUGUGUUAGUGUGGCUCUCACGAAGUUCUUCACCAAAUGGGGAACCUUUUGUGCCGCUCAUCCGGUAUUGAUCUUGGCGAUUUGUUCAUGGAUUAUUGGGGGUCUUUGCUAUGGCAUUCUGCAACUGGAGAUAACUACCGAUCCAGUUGAACUUUGGGCUGCCCCGGAGAGCCGAUCCCGUAUCGAGAAGGAUUAUUUCGAUUCUCGCUUUGCACCGUUCUUCCGGACAACGCAGCUUUUCAUCAAACCGAAGGAUCCGAAGCCGGAGAUCAUCCAUCCAACAGUUACAGGUGACGUCACGUUUGGACCGGCCUUCGACAAAGAAUUUCUGCUGGAAGUUUUCGCGCUCCAAGAUCAAAUAGAACAACUCGGUCAAGAGGAUGGAACCGGCCUGGAAAAGAUCUGCUACUCUCCGAUGACGGCACCCGGACAAAAAACGGAACUGAGCCAGUGCACAAUUCAGUCCGUGUUUGGGUAUUUCAAAAAUAGUUUGAUUAAGUUCAACACCACUUUCUCGGACGCCGAAGGUUUUGAGGUGAACUACCUAAACACGAUCAACGAUUGUACCCGAAAUGCGUACUUACCUGAUUGCUUUGCUCCAUACGGAGGACCGGUUGAGCCCGGAAUUGCUGUUGGAGGAUUUCCUAAGCCGAAGCAGGGUGAGAGUCCUAACUUUCGGUUGGCAACGGCUGUUAUCAUUACGGUUUUGAUCAACAACAAGGUCGAAAAAGAUGAGCUGGCUCCAAUGAUGGAGUGGGAGAAGAAGUUUAUCGACUUCAUCAAGAACUACGACAAUCCUUUGCUGGAUAUUGCCUAUACCUCGGAGAGAUCUAUCGAGGACGGAAUCGACGCCAUGUCCGAGGCAGAAUUGUACACCGUUAUUAUUAGCUACGUAGUGAUGUUUGUAUACAUAACAUUUUCACUGGGGAAGAUCAGAGGUUUCCAAACUUUCUUCCACGAGUCGAAGAUCAUUUUGGCAGUUGGUGGAAUUGCGAUAGUGCUGAUUUCUGUUGCGUGUAGUCUUGGAUUCUUUGGAUAUCUUCAGUUGGCAACAACGAUGUUAACGAUUGAGGUUAUCCCAUUUUUAGUUCUAGCCGUAGGUGUAGACAACAUUUUCAUGUUAGUGCAUGCGUUUCAGCGGAUUGACAGGGUUGAAACGCCGAAAACGGCCGAAGCUAUCGGCAAGGCCUUGGGCCAGAUCGGUCCCUCGAUUCUACUCACUUCAGCAAGUGAAUGUUGUUGCUUUGCAAUCGGAGGUCUUUCGCCCAUGCCUGCCGUCAAUACGUUCGCAUGGUAUGCUACGGUAGCUUUGCUGGUAGACUUCUUGUUACAGAUCACGGCAUUCGUAGCGCUGAUGGCUUUAGACGAGCAACGAGCUUCCAGCGGAAGGUUGGAUUUGUUCUGUUGCGUCAAAAGUAGCUCUAAGCUCGAUAAACGAGAAAAUGUGGGCUUUUUGGAGUACCUGUUCGGUCGAUACUAUGCCCCGUUUCUGAUGAAGCGAUCCGUUCGGGCAACUGUAUUGGUCGUUUUCAUAGUGAUCUCUUCUCUAUCCUUGAUGGUAGUACCGAAUAUCGAACCCGGACUUGAUCAACAGCUGUCCAUGCCUAAGGACUCCCACUUGGUCAAAUAUUUCGAGUACAUGGCUGAGCUUCUGUGGAUGGGACCACCUGUGUAUUUCGUGCUCAAACCUGGUUUGAACUACUCACAUGUACCGGAUCAGAACAUCAUCUGUGGAGGAGUUCUCUGCAACGAUAACUCGGUCUCAACUAAACUCUACCUGGCGUCGCUGUAUCCGGAGGUAACCCGCAUCGCUCGGCCGGCCUCCUCCUGGCUGGAUGACUACAUCGACUGGCUGAACAUCGAAACCUGUUGCAAGUACACGUGGGAUUCCGGUUCUUUCUGCCAGAGUAACGAUUUCUCCUGUCUACCGUGUCCUAAGGAGUUCGACGAGACCGGAAUUCGUCCGACGGUAAGCCAGUUCGAGCGUUACUUCGAAUGGUUCCUGUCGGAUAUCCCCAACGAUACUUGUGCCAAAGCGGGUAGAGCAGCUUAUCUAAAUGCUCUGAACUACGUUACCGACUCAAGUGGGCAUCUGAAUGUUCACGAUUCCUACUUUAUGACCUAUCACACAACCGUGGUAACAUCGAGGGACUUCUACGAAGCUCUCGAUUGGGCCAGGCGUGUCUCCAGUGAUAUCCAGGAGAUGUUGGAUAGCUCUGGGUCCGGGUUGGAAAUCUUCCCUUAUAGCGUGUUCUAUGUGUACUACGAACAGUACCUGACUAUUUGGGCCGACACCCUCCUGUCCCUAGGCUUAUCGCUAGCUGCGGUGUUUGUGGUCACAUUCCUCGUAACUGGACUGGAUGUGGUGUUCUCGGCAAUCGUACUGCUGAUGGUGUUCCUAAUUCUGCUCAAUAUGGGAGGAUUCAUGUGGCUGUGGGGAAUUACGUUGAAUGCUGUCUCGUUGGUGAACUUAGUGAUGAGUGUCGGUAUCGGUGUCGAAUUCGUCUCUCACACGGUUCGAUCGUACAAAAAUGAAGCUGGUUCGAAGAUCGAGCGUUCCCAACAGUCGCUGACAAAAACCGGAAGUAGUGUAUUUUCCGGCAUAACACUGACCAAGUUCGCUGGAAUUGUUGUGUUGGCGUUUGCCAAAUCGCAGAUUUUUCAGAUUUUCUACUUCCGGAUGUACCUUGGAAUCGUGCUGAUCGGUGCCGUUCAUGGACUGGUGCUACUUCCGGUGUUUUUGAGUUAUAUUGGUCCAGUUUCUUCUCAGCGGAAGAAAGAGGACCGGGAAGUCCUGAUAGUGUCAGUUUCAAACGGAGACAUUGAGGGAACCUUGAACGGGACGAAACGAAACGUUGGAAAAACUACUGAAGAAAGUUUGGAAGCCGUUCCGAUUAAAGCAGGAGCAGAAGACGUCAUCGAAGGAAAGCGCGAAAGAUAGUUAUUGUUAUCGUUAACGUUUAAUUUAUUUAGCUAAACCAAUCAGACUGACUGUCAUUUGAAUUAAAUACUCCGCUCCUCAGCUGGGCAAUUUGAACGGAAUACCGGUAAACCUUGGCCUUUCGGUUAUUUUUUCCGCCUGUAUUUUCUCCCCAAUGAUGGUUAUUUCCACCUUUUUCCUCGGUUUGUACAACAGGUGCGAAUCCGGAAAAACGGCGUCCGUGUGC